AUGGCUGAUCAAAUCAACAUGGGCGGCCUCAGCCUGGCCGACCAGCAGCAGCCUCGCUCCUACAUCCCUCCUCAUAUGAGAGGUCGCGUCGGUGGCGGCCCCGGUCCUGCUGGUCCUCCCGCUGGCGUUCCCGCUGGUGUUCCUCCCGUCGGUCCUCCUGGUGCUGGCCCUGCCAUCAACGGUGGCCUGAACAACAGCGCCUGGGCUGGUAACAACAACUACGACGCUCGCCCUGCACCCGGUGGUUGGACCGGUCCUACCCCCGGUGGCCCCGACUUCCCCCCUCCUCAGCAGCAGCAAGGCGGCCGUCCUGGCGGCUGGAAUAACAACCGCCCCGGCUUUGAUCGCAAUGCUUACGGCAAUCCUGGUGCCGGUGGAGGUGGAGGUGGCCACGCCCGUGGCUCUGGUGACGGACAGUGGAGAGACGGCAAGCACAUUGCAGGUCCUGCCAACCCUCGUGUCGAGCGCGAGCUUUUCGGUACCGCCGACGACCCUUCCAAGCAGCACACUGGUAUCAACUUUGAAAAGUACGAUGACAUUCCCGUCGAAGCAUCCGGUCAUGACGUUCCCGAGCCUGUCCUGACCUUUUCCAACCCUCCCCUCGACGACCACUUGAUCCGAAACAUUGAGCUCUCUCGCUACAAGAUGCCCACUCCCGUCCAAAAGUACUCGAUUCCCAUUGUCAUGGGUGGACGUGAUCUCAUGGCUUGUGCCCAGACUGGUUCCGGAAAGACUGGUGGUUUCCUGUUCCCCAUUCUGUCUCAGGCUUUCCAGACUGGUCCUGCUGCUACCCCUGCUGCUGGUGGUGGUUACGGUCGUCAGCGCAAGGCUUACCCCACCUCGCUGAUCCUGGCUCCCACUCGUGAGCUGGUCUCUCAGAUCUACGACGAGUCUCGCAAGUUUGCCUACCGAUCCUGGGUUCGCCCUUGCGUCGUCUACGGUGGUGCCGACAUUGGCUCGCAGCUCCGCCAGAUUGAGCGUGGUUGCGAUCUGCUCGUUGCUACUCCUGGUCGUCUUGUCGAUCUCAUAGAGCGUGGUCGCAUUUCCCUCCAGAACAUCAAGUACCUCGUUCUCGACGAGGCUGAUCGCAUGCUGGACAUGGGUUUCGAGCCUCAAAUUCGUCGUAUUGUGGAGGGUGAGGACAUGCCUACUGUCCAGAACCGCCAGACCCUCAUGUUUUCGGCCACCUUCCCCCGAGACAUUCAGAUGCUGGCCCGCGACUUCUUGAAGGAUUACAUCUUCUUGUCUGUUGGUCGUGUUGGUUCCACUUCCGAGAACAUUACUCAAAAGGUUGAGUACGUCGAGGACGUUGACAAGCGUUCCGUCUUGCUGGACAUUCUGCACACCCACGGCGCAGGUCUUACCCUGAUUUUCGUCGAGACCAAGCGCAUGGCCGACUCGCUGUCAGACUUCCUCAUCAACCAAAACUUCCCCGCCACCUCCAUCCACGGUGACCGUACCCAGCGCGAGCGUGAGCGUGCCCUCGAGAUGUUCCGCAACGGACGUUGCCCCAUCCUCGUCGCCACUGCUGUCGCUGCUCGUGGUCUCGAUAUUCCCAACGUCACCCACGUUGUCAACUACGAUCUGCCUACCGACAUUGACGACUACGUCCACAGAAUUGGUCGUACCGGUCGUGCCGGAAACACUGGUCACUCCACUGCCUUUUUCAACCGUGGCAACCGUGGUGUUGUCCGCGAGCUGAUUGACCUGCUCAAGGAGGCCAACCAGGAGGUUCCCAGCUUCCUGGAGACCAUUGCCCGCGAGAGCUCCUUUGGCGGCCGCGGUGGCCGUGGUGGUCGCUCCGGCGGCGGUCGUGGCCAGGGUGCCAACCGUGACUUCCGUAAGUUUGGCGGAGGUGGCGGAGGUGGCGGCUCCGGCUUUGGUGGUGGCUUUGGUGGUCCCCCCAGCGGUGGCUUCUCUGGAAGCGGUGGCGGCGGCGGCGGCUACGGCGGCGCUCCUGGUGGUGGCUACAGCGGUGGCGGUGCCGGCGGCGGAGGUGGUUAUGGUGGUGGCUACGGUGGUGGUGGUUACGGCAACCCCACUGGUGGCGGUGGUCAGGCCUCUUGGUGGUAA